AUGGAUAGAUAUAAUGCUAAUGAGGAGAAGAAUUUGAAUUUUAUAACCCAUAAGAACAGUGAUGAUGAAAAUAUGAAUUCUAGAAGUAGAAAAAGUAGUUUUAUUGAAUUCCAGUAUGAUAAAGUUGUAAAUAAUGUGUUAGGAUUAUUCAAGAAACAGAACAAGCAAAGGUUUCUGUCAACGUCAUCUGCCUUACGCAAUGACAUGCAUGAGCAAAUUUUAAGUUCUCGAUUAUUCUUAGAUUUAUGUGAAGAUAGAGAAAUACUCUUACAUAAAAUAUUAAAAAAAAUAAAUAUUUUGAAUUUAAUUUAUUUUCGCUUUUUAAAAGAAUCUGACAUUGACGACGUAUUCGAUUUGCACAAUGAGCUCUUUCCUGUAAAAUACCAGUCCGAUUUUUACUUCAGCAUUUGUAAUUUUGCCGAUGAUAAAGUGAUAGACGACGAGGUUACCAGGGUCAUCGAGAAGAUUUCCCGUUCUCUGAGAAGCCAUGUGGGCGCCAAGCGGCACGACGUCAGCGCUAACCAAACGAGCACAGCACCCCCUGAGGAUAAAAAUGACGAGGCGGUAAAGGAGCGUGGCGCCUCCCCGCCAAGUGACGACGAUCAUAAAAUGAAAGGAAACCAAUCAGAGGAGAGAGCAGAAACUGAGAAAAAUUCCAACUGUAACGAUGACGAUUUAGACAACAUUUCAAAUAAAAAAUUAGUCAACUCGGAAGAUUGCAAUUCGUCCAAUCGUUCCGUAGACACGAAUAAUGAUGAGAAAAAAAAAAUAAAUAAAAAGUGGAAGGAAGAGGAAAUAUUCUCCAUAGGUGCCUUCCUUCCCUUUUCAUUUAUUGAUUAUAUAAACAGUGAUCAUAUUACUAAAUUUCUAAAGAGUAAAUCGAUAGAAAAGGUGAGUGAAAAGGAGAUUCUUCUGGAUUAUAUCAAAUUUAUUGACGACAGUAAUAGGACACGUAAUGGUGGAAGCGACGUGAAUUCGGCGCACAAAACCCAGUCAGUGGAUAACGCGCAGUCGAUUGGUAUGACCCAUUCGGAUGAUCCCUGCCAGUCGGAUGGUCAUAUGCAAUCUGCUGGGUGCUCCCCUUUAGAUAGCAGAACAAAUAACAGAAGAAGAUCGUCAAGUAACCUACACACCAAGUCAAGCAAUUUGGCAAAUUCAUCUGCUAAAUGCUUGCCCACGAUUUGUUUCUCGCAAAGCGCACAGAAUGAUUCCCCUGUGAGGGAAACCGAAGAAGAAAUCUAUAGCAAUAAUAAGCAUAAGGAUAGUAAGCACGUUGCUGGUAGAAGUGAAAAGGGGGUCACGCCGCACAGCUGGGUCCCCUACGAAAAUGAAGACAAUAUGUGUAGGUACAACGGAACUCACCUGGAAGAAUAUAUAAAAAAAAAAGAAAUUUUAAAGGAAGAGAACAGCCUCGUAGAACAUAAAAAGGAAAACAGUGUGAGUGACAAACUCGAUGAUAAAAAUCCACAUAGAAGUAACAAUUUCAAAAAAGAGGAGUACAUUAAAAAGUACCCCCCAUCAGUGGAUGAAACGGAAAAGAAUACAAAGCGUAACGAUUCACAAAACGGUAAGAAUAGCAACAAUUGGGUGUCUUCCCUCCAGAAGGACAAACGCUUGGGAAGCGAUGGAAGCGGUGCAAAGGGGAAGAAUCACGGUGACACUCACUUCAACAGUUACCUAGAAAAUCUCCAAAACAACAUGUAUGAUGAUAAUAAUAGGAACAUUCAAAAUAUUUACAAACAGUUGAAAGAAAAGAACAUAGAAUAUGAAGAGAGAGGUAACCCAAUUCUUGGGACGGAAAAUGUGAUAAGUCGAUUGAGGGAUAAAAUAUGCUUUAACAAAGAAACGCUCAAUUUGUACAAUCGUAAUAAAAAGAGAGUGAAAGAAAAUUACCUCGUUGGAUGUGUGUCAAAUCUGAUUAACUACCAAGAUACCAGAAAUGAAAAGGAUUUUAUCAAUAUAUGUAACCAUUUUAAAAAAAAAUCGAAUAACUCAAAAAAGGGAAAGAACUACUUAAAAUAUAUGUACGAUUCGUCUAUGAACUUUUUAGAGAAUUAUAUGCCGCUAGAUAAAAAUGGGAAUUCCAUCGGGACGGAAAAAACGACAAGCAUGUUCCCAUCGAGUAAUCUGAAAAAGACGGAUCAAAAUGAAAUAUCCAACGGAAGCACACUCCGUACAAAUGGCCAAAACGAUAGAAUGAAAACACAGUCGAGUUUUAUGCUAAACAAAAAUGGUGAAAAGGUACCGAACUACUCCUCGCAUCCCUUCGAUCAGGAAAAAAAAAAACUAGUACAUCUACACAACGUGCUGAACGACUUAUCCGUUUUGCGAACGCAACAUGUUAAUAACGACACAAAAUUUGAAAAAAAAUUAUAUGAAGAAAUUUACAUGAAUGAAAAUAUCAAAGCGAUGACCAAAAAAUAUAUUAAAAAAAAAAUUAACAGUAUUUAUAUUUUAACAGUGGGAAUAAGUGAAUACUUUAGGGGACUAAAUUUAGCAUCCUACCUUAUCGAAUAUACCGUGUUUUAUUUCUACUUUAUCAUUUACAGAAUAUUUCUAUACAAGAGUAAAUUUUAUUGCUACAUUGAUAACGAUUUGUUUUAUAGCAUUUCUAGUAGCCAUCUGAGUGAUCAACAACAAGACGAUUUUUUCGACGAGGGUUUACUCACGGACAACUCGUCGGACGAUUUCCACUCCAUCAUGAGUGAUGAAAAAUCGUUCUCCGAUAGGGACUACAUGAAGAAAAGUAUAAAUGGAAAGGAUGACAUGUUCAUGUGGGAAACAAGGAACUGCUUCGAAGAGGAAAGGAAACCAUCCGAUGGGGUACCAAGUGGUCCUACUAACAGUUUGCACAAACACUUGGAGGAACAGAAAAACGAAAAUAAGUGCGCCAAUCGGAAGGAAGAUUUCAUCAGUGCUCAAACGGAUGACGAGAAUAACGAAGCGGCAUCCAAUUUUAAAAGUAAAUAUCCCCUUUUUGGUAAUUAUCCAACUCAACUUAAAACCCGUCAAACGGAUGAACAUGGGAAUAACAGAAGGGAGAGUCAUAUAAUGGGGGAAAAAAAAACAUUCAAUUUUAAAACAUACAAAAUGAACAACUUGAGUAGUCACGUCUAUCACGGGAACAAACGCAAAAACAAGUGGAGCUCCGAAAAGGCUAAAAAUUAUAGCAUUUCGAAUGGAGUUCUACGCGAGUGUUACAAACAAAUCAUACUGAAUGAUUAUUUGCACCAUCUGUAUGUUAUUAUUCAAAAUAAGAACGCGGAGAUGUUAACAAAGAAGGGGACACAAAAGGGAGAAGCGCAAAGAACAGACUCUUUUCCAGCGUUCUUUAAAUUCCCCUUAUUUAAAAAUCCCCUGUACAGCUCAGGCCUUAACAAUAAAAUGCUGGAUUUUUUUUUAAACAAUUUUUGUGCCUUCAAUUUAAAAGACAGACCAUUUUUUCACCUAAAAAAUGUGAAUGCAAAAAAGGCAUGCUUGGAUUAUAAUGAUGAUGAUGAUGUGCCUCUGCCUCUGUACAUGUACCUACAUGUGAUAGAUUAUAACAAAGCGGCCAUAAAUUUGUACAACAAGCUAAACUUCGAUUAUAUUUGCACUUAUGACAAUUUUUAUGAUAUAAACAAAAUGACCUUCUCUUCCUAUUUGUAUGCUUAUUUCUUUUAG